AUGGCUUCUCUUGGUGGUAACAUUACGCCCCCUGAUGGCAUCAGUCCAAAGAUUUUCUUCGCUGGUAUUGCCGGUGUGGUAUUCUUUUCCAUCGGCCUCUACCAACUCUCAAGCAAGCCGUCGCAGAAUGGCAACGACGAGGAGCCGAGCCUCGUGAAGUCGAUCUUGCUCUUCUGCUACUCGUGCUUCUUGAAGCCGCAUUCUGGCGCCCACGGCAGCCAGCAGAAUGCCCUCGAGUCGUUCUAUGCCAGUCAGGCUGGCGCCUACGAUGUGACGAGGAAGGCACUUCUCAAAGGCCGCGAGGACAUGCUGGGGCUCGCUGCAGCGCAGCUCAAGUUCAAGGCCGAGAAGGCAGACGGGGUUGCCAAGAGAAGACGUAUCUGGGUUGACGUUGGCGGCGGGACGGGAUGGAACAUUGAAGCCAUGUCUGAAUUCGUCAACGUCCCCGAGUUCUUCUCCAGCGUAUAUCUUGUCGACUUCUCCCCUUCGCUCUGCGAGGUGGCCCGGAAACGGUUCGCCCGGCUCGGCUGGACAAAUGUCAAGGUGAUUUGCGAAGAUGCGAGGAAAUUCCGCCUCGAGGACUACGAAAAUGGUCUCUCUGAGCCGGCGACUCCUUCAUCCCGUUCACCUCCGAGCUAUUUUGAUCAGCGUCGUCCAGAACAUGGAGGCGCUGACCUAAUUACCAUGUCGUACAGCUUGUCGAUGAUUCCCGAUUACUACUCGGUCAUAGACUCGCUGACGUCCCUUCUUUCUCCCGAUGGCAUCAUGGGUGCGGUUGAUUUCUACGUCCAGUCUGAGGCCGAUGUGACCUUCCGAAACUACACUGGCGGUUUGGUUGACCGCCAUGUCAAUUAUCUCGGGCGGACCUUUUGGCGCGCAUGGUUCGAUCUCGACCGGGUUGCCCUCGAGCCCGGCCGCAGGGACUACCUUGAGUACCGAUUUGGGACCAUCCUCACGGCCAACCUGCGGAACAGCAAAUUGGGCUCCAUCCCUUACUAUAUUUGGCUGGGAUGCCACAAGAAACCCUUCUCCUCGUCAAGUCUGCCCCACGAGAUUAUUGAACGCAUCGAUGCGUUGGCGACAGAGUCCCCGUACCUCCUGCCGUCGAAUGGACAAAAGGGAGCUAAUGCGCUGGCUCGUGCCGUCGAAAGGACUGCCCCAGAGAUCCGCUCCAAGGCGUUCGAUGCUGCCGUUGGGAAUCUCUCCGCCAAUCUGCCGCUCCCUUCCUUCUUCUACCAGAACCACCACUGGCGGAUCUACUACAAUGACCAACUCGAAAAGCACACUCAGUUCAACGACGAGUACAUCUACGCCUUCACGUGGGAAGAUUCCCGGGUGGACCGGGACCUGCUCAAGCUAGGCCCCGACGAUGUUGUUCUGGCCAUCACGAGCGCCGGCGACAACAUUCUCUCCUAUGCCAUGCAGGGCCCGGCUCGGAUCCACGCCAUCGACCUGAACCCAUCCCAGAACCACCUUUUGGAACUCAAGGUCGCCUGCUACACCGCUCUCCCGUACGAAGACUUUUGGAAGAUUUUUGGCGAGGGCAAGCACCCCGAGUUCCGGUCACUUCUCCUGUCCAAACUGUCGCCUCACCUCUCCAGCCGGGCAUUCCAGUACUGGCUCAACAACGCCAGGAUCUUUACCAGCACCCGUGGACGGGGCCUCUACGAUACUGGUGGGAGUAAGCACGCAAUCCGCGCUUUCCGAUGGAUUUCCCAUGUCUUUGGAUGUCGUUCUGCAGUCAAGGAGCUGCUGUCAGCAGAGACGUUGUCCAAGCAGCGACAGAUUUGGCACUCCAAGAUCCGCCCGGCCCUGUUCAACCGCCUUGUCAAUAAUCUGAUUAUCAACUCGGAGACAUUCCUCUGGACCGCCCUCGGCGUGCCCAAGAACCAGCUCGCCAUGAUCGAGUCGAACCACGCGCUCAAUGUGAAGACGUCGGCCGUGAAAGCCAAGAAUACCCGGUCCCACGCAGUCUGGCAUUACAUGGUCGACACGCUCGAUCCAGUCGUCGAGACCACCCACCUCGCCACGGACAACCCGUACUACUACGUUACCCUUGCGGGCCAGUUCUCGCGACAGUGCGCGCUGGACUAUCUCUCUCCCGAGGCGCAUGCCCGCCUCAGCCAACCGGGCGCCUUUGACGGGCUGCGCAUCCACACGGAUGAGAUUGACGAGGUCAUUGCGCGGAUCAGCCCGGGCACCCUGACGGCCGCCAUUGUCAUGGACAGCAUGGACUGGUUCGAUCCGGGUACCGAUGCCGCGGCCAGGCAAAUCCGCAAGCUCAACCGUGCCCUGGCCAUGGGCGGGCGGGUGCUGCUGCGGAGCGCGGCCAGGCAGCCGUGGUACAUUGGCGUGUUCGAGCAGCACGGAUUCGUCGGCAAGCAGGUCGGCGACAGGAAGCCCGGUGCGUGCAUUGACCGCGUCAACAUGUACGCCAGCUGCUGGCUGUGCACCAAGGUUGGCAAUCUGCCGCCGCCGACACCGUCCGGUUUGGGCCAGGGCCAAGGUGAGGACAUGGUCGAUUCGUGGACCCUGUGA